AUGCCACGACAAGGAAUCGAACGAAAUAAUGCAAACCUUGGCUUCGUGGAUCGCUACAAGUACCACGUCUUGAUCGGGAGCUAUAUCGCCUUGACGUCUGUCUUCUUCUGGCGCGUGCAUCGGCAGCCCUACAGUCGGUCCAUCAAAGCAGAACAGUACGAGACAAUAUUCAAGGGUACCACGCUGGCGGCCGUCGUCGCGGGAGUCGCCGUCAGCAGCAGCGGACGAGAGAAAUAUCGGAGACCCAGGGAGGGUGCAUGA